CGGAUUUGGCCUUGCCCUCGCUUCCGGGUUGGCCCGGGCCCAGCGGUAGCGACCGGCGCGGAGCGUGGGACAGAAGGUUUGGAGGAGCAGUUGCUUUGGUGGUGAAUGUCUACAGAGCUGAGGACAUAGUUGUGUUCCAGUGGCUUCAAGAUCAGAAGGAGCAGUGAAGAGUGACGUAGUUGUACGGAGCUCAGAGGAUCCCUACACGAGACUGAUCUAUGAAAUGGCAGAGAAUGGAACAGAUUGUGACCAGAGACGCAUAGGAAUGAUCAAAGAGCAGCACAAUGGAAACUUCACAGAGUCCUCUUUGAGCGAACGGAAGCGAAGGGACCGAGAAGAGAGGUUGAACAUUGUGCUGUGGAAGCAACCGCUUGUUACCUUGCAGUAUUUUUUCCUGGAAACUCUAAUAAACUUGAAGGAAUGGACUAUAAAAUUGUGGCACCGGCGAAGCAUCGUGCUGUGUGUUUUACUGACGCUUGCCGUGCUCACAGCUACCUAUUACAUUGAAGGAGCACAUCAACAGUAUGUGCAGUAUAUGGAGAAAAAGUUCUUCUGGUGUGCCUACUGGGUAGGAUUAGGCAUUCUGUCCUCUGUUGGACUUGGAACGGGUCUCCACACCUUUCUGCUCUAUUUGGGUCCACACAUAGCAUCAGUUACUCUUGCUGCUUAUGAAUGUAACUCAGUUAAUUUUCCCGAGCCUCCUUAUCCGGAUCAAAUUAUCUGCCCUGAUGAGGAGACAGCUGAAGGCUCUAUCUCUUUGUGGGCUAUCAUCUCAAAAGUCAGGCUGGAGGCCUGCAUGUGGGGUGCUGGCACAGCCAUUGGAGAGCUGCCUCCAUACUUUAUGGCGAGGGCGGCUCGACUCUCUGGUGCUGAACCUGAUGAUGAGGAAUACCAGGAAUUUGAGGAGAUGCUGGAACAUGCACAGACUGCACAAGACUUUGCCACCCGGGCCAAACUGGCUGUGCAGAACCUGGUGCAGAAGGUUGGGUUCUUCGGCAUUUUGGCCUGUGCCUCAAUUCCAAAUCCUCUCUUUGACCUGGCCGGGAUAACAUGUGGACACUUUCUGGUUCCCUUCUGGACCUUCUUUGGUGCAACCUUGAUUGGGAAAGCAGUCAUUAAAAUGCACAUCCAGAAACUCUUCGUUAUUAUAACAUUCAGCAAACAUAUAGUGGAGCAGAUGGUGUCCCUCAUCGGUGCUAUUCCAAGUAUAGGUCCUUCUCUUCAGAAGCCAUUUCAAGAAUAUUUGGAAGCUCAGAGGAUAAAACUUCACCACAAAUCUGACAGUGGCGUGCCACAGGGGGAAAACUGGCUGUCCUGGAUGUUUGAAAAGUUGGUGAUUGUCAUGGUUUGUUAUUUUAUCUUAUCUAUAAUCAACUCCAUGGCCCAGAGCUAUGCCAAACGACUGCAACAGAAGAUGUACUCUGAAGAGAAAACCAAAUGAGCUCGGGAAACCCCCCUCGGAAUGGGUUUUAGCAGACACACAGCAGUUGACACACAUCUUUCCACAUGUCUAAAACCAAACAAACAGCGUUACUCAAAACAGGGGGAAACUUUUUACCAUCAGAUUUUUCAACUCUUAACAAGUUUUUUUAUUUAAUUUGGAAAGUAAUUUGGAUUAUUAGAGCAGAUGUUUCAUUGGCAAACUUAGAACUGUUAAGGUAAGGUAUAAAAAAGACAAAGCUUUCCAGGUCUGAGCUGUGUUAACACAGGAUGGGCAACGUGAUGUUAAUGACAAAUGUUGUCCACCCAAAUUACUUCCCAAACUGAUGAUUUAAUCCUCUCCAUCUCCUGAUCUAACUCCUGACUGACCUAAGGGUAACUUUUAAUUUCAAAGGGUGGUGGCCUUCUUUUUUUUCUUUUGUGCUUUUUUCCCAUAACUUUUCAAGCCCAUCAAAAUGUAUAUAAAUGAACAGAGACUGGAUACAAACUGUUGCAUGUCUCCUCCUGGUAAGGCUCUUCCAUCUGAAUUCUCCAGUGUCCCAUUGCAUUGCACGUGCUCUCUGUUGGAAAAGCCACCCUCUUAAACUUCAUGUUAGCAGAGGUGAUUGAUGUCCAAAUGCUGAAAGCUGACGUUUUUUAUUCUGUAUAUUUAGAAUGAAGUGAAGAUAAAACUUUAUAAAGGCAUCUUUGAUCAUUCCAGAAUUUCUUGUGUCAGUCUUUUUGAGCUCUUUCUUUUCCUCUCUGCUUUUGUAUGCUCAGUUCCUUUAGUUUCUUUAUUAAGCCUUAAUCCCAUGAACCUCAUGCUUUAUUCAUCCUUCCUGCACAAAUGGUGCUGAAGCCCUUUGUUCUUUUUUGUUGUUGUUGUUGUGUUUUGUUUGGGGUUUUUUUUUUUGUUCUCUUAAGAACUUCUUCCUUAGCAGAAGGAAGUAGAAGGGAUGUCACUUCCCUAAACUAAGGUUAAACCAGGCAAGUUAAAUUGCUAGCAGUAUUGGUUAUCAUAAAUUCUUCUCAGGUGGUUGCCACUGAUGACAGCACCAGAGGCAAUGAAGG